AUGCUCAAUGAUUCGACAUCAACGCAGCGCACCGCCGAUGUGUCAAUUACGUCGGCGCAGGCUGUCUUAGUUAUGAGGCUCCUCGAAGAGAGAUCACCCCGUCGAGAGUUCAGAAGUACCAAUUUCCAGCCAUCGCUUCAGUGGUGUGAACUACCUGCCGAGAAGAAGCCAGGAGGAGAUCGAGUAUUCCCUUACUCCUCAGUGCUAUAUCUUGGUGGGGACUUACACACAGAAGUGGAAGUGGGCAAGUGCUUCGAACUUCCCCCCUCCUCUUCAUAUCUUAUACUCUGA